AUGGGCGUCGCGGGCCGCGGCUGCCCUAGGGCUGCCCGGGCGCUGCUGCUGCUGCUGCUGCUGCUGACGGCGGCCGUCCCGCCCGAUCGGGGCCGCGCCGCGGGGCCGCCGGAGGACGUGGACGAGUGUGCCCAGGGGUUAGAUGACUGCCACAUCAAUGCCCUGUGUGAGAACACACCCACCUCCUACAAAUGCUCCUGCAGGCCUGGCUACCAAGGGGAGGGCAGGCAGUGUGAGGAUAUUGAUGAAUGUGAAAAUGAACUCAAUGGAGGCUGUGUCCAUGACUGUUUGAAUAUUCCUGGCAAUUAUCGCUGCACUUGUUUUGAUGGCUUCAUGUUGGCUCAUGAUGGUCAUAAUUGUCUCGACGUGGACGAGUGCCUGGAGAACAAUGGUGGCUGCCAGCACACCUGCGUCAACGUCAUGGGGAGCUACGAGUGCCGCUGCAAGGAGGGCUUCUUCCUGAGCGACAAUCAGCACACGUGCAUUCACCGCUCAGAAGAGGGUCUGAGCUGCAUGAAUAAGAAUCAUGGCUGUAGUCACAUCUGCAAGGAGGCCCCGAAGGGCAGUGUUGCCUGCGAGUGCAGGCCAGGCUUUGAGCUGGCCAAGAACCAGAGAGAUUGCAUCUUGACCUGUAACCAUGGAAACGGUGGAUGCCAGCACUCCUGUGAGGACACUGCUGAAGGCCCAGAGUGUAGCUGCCAUCCUCAGUACAAGAUGCACUCGGAUGGGAGGAGCUGCCUCGAGCGAGAGGACAUUGCCCUGGAGGUGAUGGAGAGCAACGCCACAUCUGUGGCGGAUGGGGAUAAACGGGUGAAACGGCGGCUGCUCAUGGAAACGUGUGCUGUUAACAAUGGAGGCUGUGACCGCACCUGCAAGGAUACUUCGACAGGGGUUCAUUGCAGUUGUCCCGUCGGCUUCACGCUCCAGAUGGAUGGAAAGACCUGUAAAGAUAUUGAUGAGUGCCAGACGCGCAAUGGAGGGUGUGAUCAUUUCUGCAGAAACACCGUGGGCAGUUUUGACUGCAGCUGCAAAAAGGGAUUUAAAUUAUUAACAGAUGAGAAGUCUUGCCAAGAUGUGGAUGAAUGCUCUCUGGAUAGGACCUGUGACCACAGCUGCGUCAACCACCCGGGCACCUUCACAUGUGCUUGCAACGAAGGGUACACCCUCUAUGGCUUUACCCACUGUGGAGACACCAACGAGUGCAGCGUCAACAACGGAGGCUGUCAGCAGAUCUGUGUGAACACUGUGGGCAGCCACGAAUGCCACUGCCACUCUGGGUACAAGCUCCACUGGAAUAAAAAGGACUGUGUGGAGGUGAAGGGGGGCCUGCCCACUAGCCUGUCACCCCACGUGUCCCUGCAGUGCGGUAAGAGUGGCGGAGGCGACAGGUGCUUCCUCAGAUGUCACUCUGGCAUUCACCUCUCUCCAGGACUGCAAGAGGCCUAUUCUGUCACCUGCGGCUCUUCCUCUCCUCUUGGGAACAAACAGCAAAAAUCAAAUGACUCCACUUUCGGGGAUGUCGCCACCAUCAGGACAAGUGUAACCUUUAAGCUAAAUGAAGGCAAAUGUAGUUUGAAAAAGGCUGAGCUGUUUCCUGAGGGUCUGCGACCAGUCCUCCCAGAGAAGCACAGCUCAGUAAAAGAGAGCUUCCGCUACGCAAACCUUACAUGCAGCUCUGGCAAGCAAGUCCCAGGAGGCCCUGGCCAACCGAGCGCCCCUAAGGAAAUGUUUAUCACUGUUGAGUUUGAGCUUGAAACUAACCAAAAGGAGGUGACAGUGUCUUGUGAUCUCAGUUGCAUCGUAAAGCGAAGAGAGAAGCGGCUCCGGAAGGCCAUCCGCACGCUCCGGAAGGCUGCCCACAGGGAGCAGCUGCACCUCCAGCUCUCAGGCGUGAACCUUGAAGUGGCUAAAAAGUCUCCCCGAACAUCUGAACGCCAGAUAGAGUCCUGUGCAAUGGGCCAGGACCAUGGAGGAAACCAGUGUGUCAGUUGCAGGGCUGGGACAUAUUAUGACGGAGCACAGGAACGCUGUAUUUUAUGUCCAAAUGGAACCUUCCAAAAUGAGGAAGGGCAAAUUACAUGCAAACCAUGUCCAAGACCAGGAAGUCCUGGGACCCUGAAGACUCCAGAAGCUUGGAAUGUGUCUGAAUGUGGAGGUCUGUGCCAACCUGGUGAAUACUCUGCGGAUGGCUUCACACCCUGCCAGCCCUGUGCCCGAGGCACAUUCCAGCCUGAAGCCGGCCGCACUUCCUGCUUUCCCUGUGGAGGGGGCCUCCCCACCAAACACCCUGGAGCCACUUCCUUUCAGGACUGUGAAACCAGAGUUCAGUGUUCACCUGGACAUUUCUACAACACCACUACUCACCGAUGCAUUCGUUGCCCAGCAGGAACAUACCAGCCAGAAUUUGGAAAAAAUCAUUGUGUUUCCUGCCCAGGAAAUACCACGACUGACUUUGAUGGCUCCACAAACAUAACCCAGUGUAAAAACAGAAGAUGUGGAGGGGAGCUGGGCGAUUUCACCGGAUACAUCGAAUCCCCAAACUACCCAGGCAAUUACCCAGCCAACACAGAAUGUACCUGGACCAUCAAUCCACCCCCUAAGCGCCGCAUCUUGAUUGUGGUCCCUGAGAUCUUCCUGCCCAUAGAGGACGACUGUGGUGACUACCUCGUGAUGAGGAAAACCGCUUCAUCCAAUUCUGUGACAACGUAUGAAACCUGCCAGACCUAUGAACGCCCCAUUGCCUUCACCUCCAGAUCCAAGAGGCUGUGGAUUCAGUUUAAGUCCAAUGAGGGGAACAGCGCCAGAGGGUUCCAGGUCCCAUAUGUGACAUAUGAUGAGGACUACCAGGAGCUCAUUGAAGACAUAGUUCGAGAUGGCAGGCUCUACGCGUCUGAGAACCAUCAGGAAAUACUUAAGGAUAAGAAACUGAUCAAGGCUCUGUUUGAUGUCUUGGCCCACCCCCAGAACUAUUUCAAGUACACAGCCCAGGAGUCCCGGGAAAUGUUUCCACGAUCCUUCAUCCGAUUACUCCGUUCCAAAGUGUCCAGGUUUUUGAGGCCUUACAAAUGAGACUGCCCACAUGCCACUUGACACAAUGUUCGGCCUGUGGGCUGGCAGGACACAGCCAUCUGCUUCUGCAGCCAGCAUAGAUGGAUAACGCUGCCUCUAGUAGCAGUGACUGGUUAGAGUUCAAUUUUUAUAGAUAAUACAGAUAU